AUGUCCGCUGAGAGUCCGGGGCAGAAGCAGGGCGUCAAAGCCUUCUUCGCCAAUGCCCUGCGUCCGAAGAAAUCCCGCCAGACCCUGCGCAAGAAUGCCUCCACCACCGACCUGCGGCUGGCCGCUCGUCCUAGCGCCAAUGAACCACCUCCGCCAAUGCCGGCGCUCGCGCCCUUGGCGGCGCACCAGCUUAAGUACAAGCAGGCGCAUGCGCAGCUAGAUACGCAACUCGGCGAGCGCCGUGAUUAUACAACAAUGAUCCAUACGCUGGGUGUGCUGGAGUCCAUGGACGCCUACGUCCCCAUGGUCGACGACGACAACCGCCCCCCCGGGGAAGGCGAUAUUGCCAGUCUGACAUCUGAAUUGUGGAAGAACAUAGCUCAAUACCUGACUCCUGCAGAAGCUGCCAGUCUCGCAUUCGCCAGUAUCACGCUCUACCGCCGUCUGGGACCCCAGUUCUUCACGGCCCUGCGUGACCCACGCAACUACAACUACAGGAUCGAGUUCCUGGCCGGACUCGACCGCUCGCUCCCACACUAUCUCCUAUGUUUCCCAUGCGCCAAAUUCCACCGACGUACACAAGAAGGAAGGGAGCGUCUCAAGCCCGCUCACGUGGUGAACCCGCUCUUCGAGUGUCCCAAUGCCCUGAACGCGCUCAAUCCGCCCCCACGCACGCGCAUCACACACGGACGCAUGAUGCCCUUCUCGUUCGUCCAGCUAGUGAUGCGCGCGCACCGCUUUGGGCCCAGCUACGGCCUCGCCCCGGAUUCGCUUGGCCGCCGCUGGACGCGCGAUGACUGGUCAUUCCACUCGCGCUUCCAUGUCCACGAGGGCCGGCUUCUGAUGCGUGUGAAGUGCCAGACCUUUGCUCCACCUGGCCUGACACCGUCGCAACAGCGACUUCUGUUGUAUUCCCGCGAGGACUACUGGCCAUAUUUCUCACCAUGCCCGCACUGGCGCGACGGCGAGCUAAUGCCCGCUUGCAAGUGUGCAUUAGACCAUAUCCCCAAACCGCGCCAGUCAGGCGGACUGCAGGGUAUCGAGCACAAAGUCAAAGACCGCUGGGCGGGGCGGGUGCACGACCCGAACUCGCUGGUCACCCUCUGUAACUUCUGCCGGCCUAUGCGGCGGUGUCCCGAGUGUCCGACGGAGUAUCUGAUCGAGAUCAAGCUCGCAGAGGACCACAGCGAUCCACACGGCGUGCAGUUCAAGCAGGCAAUCGUCGUCACGAGGUGGAGCGAUCUGGGCGAUGGUACCACACCUGCGGGCAAGGAGUGGGGUGCUAUCUCCGGAACGCGAGACGAUUAUGACUCCUUCAAGCAUUAUGAGAAGCGCGGCAUCGCGAGUAUCUUUGAGGCGGCAUUCACUGCUGAUACGCUGCCCGGCCAGCGUGUCAUCUCUAUGAAUCCUAAGAAGAAGAAGCUGGGUGAAAGUGGUGAUGACUGGUACUAA